AUGCCAAACCUCGUCUUCAUCGACGUCCAAGACUCCUCAGGACAUAAUCAAAAUAUCAUCAGGCGCCAUGUUGCAGAGGGGAUCCAACGCCAAAAGCGAUUGGUCGACGUUUUUCGCUAUCACAAUCACUUGGCUGCCCGACAACCACUGGCCAUACGACCGCAAAGAAGGGUACAGCAGAUUGGAGAAGACGAGACGGGGGAGGAGCUGUCGUCAACACAAAACGCCGCGCCUCUUACCCGAGCUCGCCAGCCACAAGCCCGUCGGAAAAAGCACUCGCCGGAUCCCAAGAGCGCGUUGAUGUUUCGAUGGAGGGCCGGAGGACCGACGGCCGUUAAGCCUCCCAGUGAUGAUAUGAAGAUUGAGCACGUUCUGAGCGAGUCGUUCAAUUGGAUGAUGGGCCAAUACACUACGUCGUGGUCCUCACUCGUCCAGCGUGACCCGACAGUCUUUGACCUUAAUGGUGAAGUUGAAAUCUUCAGGGAGGCUUUCUACGUGGUCACAGAUCUCUUGGAGCUCGGGAAGAUGGACGCGGCCUUUGCGGUCCUCAGGCAGACCUUGGAUGCUAUUCCGCCGAUCUUUCGGAACCCUCAUCCAGAACUGCUGUUCACUCUUGUGGAACUUGCUUAUGGGAUCAACAUGGCCAGUGCCUCGGAUCUCCAUGCAAAGAUCAGACCGCAUGUUGCUGACCUGGCAUCCACGAUUUUGGGCACCAAGCACCCACUCACGAUCCUAUUGAGGUCCGAAUUCAGUGCCGCCUUGAAGACUCAUGUCACUGAACUUGUGUUCAAAUGCAUCAUCGAUGCACUUUCGAAAACUUUUGGAUAUGACGCAUACCAGACAUUAGUCCAGCAGAUGGGCCGAUCCCAAUUUUAUUCGCGAACAGGUCGAAGCGAAGAAGGUCAAAAGUUGAUUGCAGAUAUUCAAAACCGAUGGAUGCAACAGUAUGGAGCCAAUUCAGCGCUUGCAAGACUCGCAGAGCUCGAGCUGUGUCUUAUGCGGCUGCAAGGAUCCCGUCAUCUGGGUCAAGGAUCUCAUCUAGAUCCUGCGCUAGAGGCCCAAGCGAACAACGCAAUGCUGAGGAUUGAAGUCAUGGCUGGAGUCUACUCAAACAAGUUUACGGAUAAACCUUCAGAUCAUCCCAAAGUCCAGAAUCAAUCCCCCAUGACGAUGGCACUGGCGCAAUGGUUUCUUCAGAAUAAGCGUUACUCCUUUGCAUUACACUGUUACGAGCGUGCAAAACAAUCCACGGCGGACAGCCAUCUCACUUCGAACAGACCGCUGGCAGAUCUCAUCGCUGAUACGACAGAGAGUGCUCUGCGCGAUAUGUUUUGGCAGCCUAACGCUUUGUUGAUACUUCCAUCCCAGGCUUCUGUGCAAGAAAACGUGAUGGCUAUCUCCUAG